AUGGCAAAAUCAAACGCUGAACGACAAAAAAUGUAUCGAAUAAAUUUAUUGAAAAAUAAACAAAAAUUUGAUCAAAUGAAAGAAAAAUCACGCAUUCGUGAUAAUAAUAGACGUAAAAAUUUAAAUGAUUAUUCAUUACAACAAUUACGUAAUAGGCAAAAACAAGCAUCGAAAAAAUAUCGUGCUAAAAAAAACCUUGAAGGUACAAAUAAUAAACAAUCAUCAUAUAAAUGUCCUCAAACACUUGGCAAAGCAGUUAAACGUGUUGUUGAAUCUUUACCAAAAGAUACAAAUAAACGUGUUACUGUAAUACGUCAUAUUGCACAAGAACUUGACAUCAUUCCUAAAACAAUAUCACAUCACAAACGUGUACAACGUUCAUUACCAAUUGAAUUAAAACAAUUGGUCAUAAAUUUUUAUAAUCGAGAUGAUAUAAGCUAUCAGUUACCAGGCAAACGAGACUUUAUCACAAUUAAAGAUGAUAAUGGUCAAUCAACAACAGUACAAAAAAGAAUUCUGUUAUUUAGCUCACGUGAAGCACAUUCAUUAUUUUUAACUGAAUACGACAAUACAAAUGUUCAUUUAUCAUUAACAUCAUUCAAUGAUUUACGACCAUUAAAUAUUUUAUUACAGUCUCACAUGUCACAUCGUAGUUGUUUAUGUGCUUAUCACGAAAAUAUUAAUUUGUUAAUAAAACCUUUAUCAAGAUAUAUUUCAUGUUCUGGUUUAAAUUCUCUUCAAGCAUUUUCAGCAACACUUGUCUGUUGUGAAACAGAUGAAAAUUGUAUGUUUAGUCGAUGUUCCUUGUGUGCAAAUAAUUUUGAUAAUAAUAUAACAAAACAUAUUAUUGAUUUUACACAAACAAUUAAUUGGUAUCAAUGGGUAUUAAAAAAUGGUUUUUCAAGAAAAGUUGAAUUUAAUGGUACAAUUCAAGAUUGUUUAGCAAUUUUGAAAUCAAAAGUUAAUGAAUUUUUAUCACAUGUAUUUAUUAAACGUCAGCAAGCAGCUUAUUUUGAAAAAAUAAAAACAAAUUCAACUAAUGAAAUUAUUUGUUUACGAAUUGAUUUUAGUGAAAAUUUUCGAAUCGAUGUUCAAGAUUCUAUACAAAGCUCAUAUUUUUCAAAAAAAUCAGUUUCAUUAAUUACUUGCUAUGCUUGGUGUUUAAAUGUUGGUUAUUCAUUUGUUUAUGUAACAGAUAAUCUUACACAUGAUAAGUAUUGUGUAAGUGCUGUAUUAGAAGAUUUAUUUUUGAAAUUGAAACAACAAUAUCAACAGUUAAAACAAAUUCAUAUAUUUUCUGAUGGUGCAAGCCAACAGUUCAAACAAAAAUUUUUGUUUAGGAAUCUAUGUCGUUUAGCUGCAGAUUUUCAAAUCAAAUUAUCUUGGAAUUUUUUUGCCACCUCCCAUGGGAAGGGCGUGGUAGAUGCAGUUGGCGGAACAACAAAACGUCUGGUCUACAAUGCAAUUAUGAGUGGCCAACAAUGUAGUUCAGCUGCUGAAUUUGUGGAAACUGCUCGAUCUAAAACAAGUACUAUUAAUGUUAAUGAGUUAGAAGAAAGUCAAAUUGAGCAAUCAAAAGCAAAAAUGGAACCAAUUUUUCAAUUAAUACAAAUAGUACCAGAAACAAAAAAGAUCCAUUCAAUCAAUGUACUUGAAAAUAAUACAAUUGAGUAUAAAUAUUAUUCGAAUAGUACAACUAAAAAGACAUAUCGAUUUCCAAGUUAA